AUGUUUGAGGGUGGCGAUAUAUCACUCGGUAAUCAGGCAUUCAACCAGAGUAGUCAAGUUGCCAGUCAGAACAACAUGGACAACGCAUCGGGUGGUGUCAACACCGGUGGCGCCAACCAAACAAUGAUGAGCGUCAACAAUACAUCGAUUUACAACGAUAUUAGUUCCACACUUAACAAUAUCAAUAACAGUUCACUUGCUAAGGUGUUGCGUGACACUAUCAAUCUCAUUGAGGAGUUGGACGAGCAACAACUCUUUCAAGGCAGCCACACCGAACUCUUCAAAGUCAGUUCCUAUUUCUUCAAGUUGAAAACCGAGGAGCAACUCAUGAAGAUCAUUCAAUCACAGGUUUCACAGAUACAUCCCUCUCAUGCAAUGUGGAUAGUAAAGAUGAACGCACUCGUUGAAUUCUUCUUUAAGAAGGAAACAAGAACCAAACUGAGAAAGAAGAUACUGCAGACUAUGAAACAGCUGUACUCUAGCUAUCAUGUAAUCUAUGGCGAGGACAUCAUCGAGAGUAUAAUACUUCCGGCACUGAACGACAUACACAAAGAAAGAGAUAUCACCAUUCGUAUAGCAGGUUUAGAACUGAUGGUUGAAAUGGCGAUGCGAGUGAUCACACCGGCUUCCUAUCAUAUUCUCAUCAGCAAUCUCGACCGUGCAAUACGUGAAUCACCUCCACAACUACAGGAUCUACGAAAAGAUAUUCUAUUGUCGAUCGCAAGUUUGUCAUCUACGAAAUGGUAUCAAAUGCAAUAUGGCAAAGUAUCGUCGCCUUUCAUUCAUUGCUCCACAGUGAAUUUGUUUAUCAAUGAGGUGUCGUCGAUGGUACUAAAGUCACCGCGUGGCGCAGCAACACAGCAACAACCAACACUACAACAGCAACAACAACAACAACAACAACAACAACAAUCACAACAACCAAGUAGUAACCUUAAAAAGAAGAAACCAUCGAACGACGGAUUCUUCUCGAUCUCUGUCAUCUGGAAUCUACUGGUUGACCGACUUUCCAAAGAGACAUCAUUCGAACUGUACACUCUCAUCCUCGAAACGAUAUCAUCGUUCCUCAAGAACAAAUACAUCCUCAUCGGACUUGAUAAUGAAAUCGAUUCAUUUGUAAAUACAAUCAUUAAAUUACUAAACGAUAAGAUACUAGGUCAUUCUAUAACAGAUUAUCAGAAUUCUGAAGGUAAAAAGGAAUUACAUUAUAUUAUUGGAUUUGAAAUCCUUUGUAAUUUAGCAUCAUAUACAUCAUCAUAUAGUAAUCAACAGUCAUCACAAAACAUCAUUACAACACUCUUUAACGGACUCUGUCAAAAGUGGUCUGCAUCAAGCGAAAACAAACAUAAAAUUCAAGCAAUAUGUUUGAAUGGAUUAUCCAUUUGCAUUAGUGAAUUCCCAUUAAAAACAACAUUGAAAUACAUACAAAACAUUGCUAAAGCUUUACAUCAAAUAUCAACAUCAAGUAAUACACAAAAAGAUACAUAUUUCUCAAUAUUACAAUAUUUGAAUAUAAUGGUAUCGAUUCCGACGUUGGCUACUCAACUUCCAUUCGAAACACUUACUUUUAUAUUCAAAUUGUUAAUUCAAUUCUUUGAUCGAUCAAAGUAUUCAACGUUGAUUGUGUUGGUUGCAUUCCAGAGUUUGAUUCGUUGGUUCACCGCGUGUAGUAGUUCCUCUCGCAUCCUGCUGGUGAAGAACAUCAUCAAGGGACUGGACAGCCAGUUGAAAGAGAAGAAUGCACUGCUCAAUGAGAUCUCAAUAGAGUUGCUCAACCGUUAUAUCCACACCGAUUUCGAUCCGUUCCACUACCCAAUGCGUCACUCCAGUCCCAUCUUCCACGAAGGUUUGAUCAAGACUUGGAUUCAGGGUUGUUCGCUUAUCUCGAUUCGCACAGGAAAACUCGGAUGGGCAGAGGUCACCCAUCGAAAAGCAACAGGCUGUGUCGUAUGGUUGAUGAGAUUCCAAAAUCCAUCGUCAUCGUUCGACCUCUAUUCAAAGGAGAGCAACACCUAUAAUCUACUGGUGAAUCUACCGAAACAACCGUAUUUCCGAAAGGAGUUCUCACCUACCUCACCACUUUCACCUUCACUCUCACCAAUAUCCGUAUCGGGCGAGUAUCAUUCACUUUCACCGACUCAACAAACAACAUUUGUAACAACAACAUCAUCAACACCAUCCAGUUCUUCUUCACAUUUGACAACAACCACCACUCAAUUGACACCCAACUCAAUGUCAACGGCCACCACUGCAACAUCGGCAUCCAUCAUGAACACACCCAACCCAGCGACAACAACAUCAUCGACAACACCACAAAGUCAACAACCAUAUGGUUCAUCGACAACACUUGACAAAGUUCCAGAAAUUGUAAAAUCACCAACUCAACAACAACAACAACAACCAUCCAACCAACACGCAUCACACCAAACUACAGUCGACAGCUUCACAAGACUGGAAAGCUUGGCAAAGGAAUUCGAAAUGAUAAGUCCACAAAAGCAAAGUAACCAUAGUGGUAGCUUUACAUCCGAAAGAUUAAAAUGUAAUUUAAAUCUGUCGUUGCUACCUGAUGCCUCUAGAGAAGAAGAGAUUAACGAUUCUCUGGAAUCAAACAACGAAGAGCUCAACAAACCAAUCAAAUUGAUAUCCUCACAGAAUCUGUUAUUCUCACCUUAUAUCAACAAUGACAUACUCUCACCUUCGCCAACACCUUUUGCUGAAGUGCACAAAGAUGCUGUUGAAGUAUUAGAACCAGCUAUACAACCGAUUACCAACAAUAAUAGCAAUCUUUACUCAGACUAUGAGUUGGAUUCCGAUACCAACUUGUAUGAGAAUUUUAGACAGAUGCGUAUAUUACAUGGUGCACUUCCUCCAGUUUCAUUAUCCGAGAAUGAAAUCAACAUCAAUAGCAACAACAACAACAAUAGUAAUCAAGAGGAACAGACUUUAGUUGAUAGUUUCGAUGAUAUCACUGAUCUUAAAAUACCGGUAUUCACACCGUCCAGCUCGGAAAAUGGUGACAACAUAUUCCUUCAGAGUAAUCUCGAGAGUCCCUACAGUCAUAGAUUCUAUGGUUCAGGCGAGAAUACUCCUAAUCCAUUGUCCACUCUCUCCAAGUUCUAUCCUCCACUACCCUCCUUUGAUGACGACGAAGAGAUACUCUCCUACUUUAGUUACUCAUCGCCUAUCAUUGGACAAACUACAGAGAGCAGCAGUCUUAGCAACAGUGCCAAUAGUAACAGUAAUAGCAGCAGCAACACAAACAACAACAUUAACAGCAACAACAACAACAACAAUAACAACAAUUGUAAAUUAAACUUGAAUGCACAACUACUGUUGCAUGUUGGAUCCAGUUCACCUCCUAUUGUUACAUCACUGUUGGGUAGCGGUGGAAACAGUACCAGUGAUCUACCAUCGAUUCCAAUUGAAAUACCACCUCCACCUUCAAAAUCAACAUUGGUUACUCUUCACAGUGUUCCAUCGUCGACAAACAACAGUGUAGAUGGAUCAUUCUCCAAACAAACAGAAAUCUUCUCAUUGUCGGUAGACGACGACUCACCUUAUCUUGCACCAAGAGUAGCUAGUCUUGCAAAGAUUCCAAAGAUUGCACUGGCCAACGAAGAUAGGAUCGAAGAACAUCUGUUAUCAACAACCUCUGGAGAUGGUACCGGUGAGCUCAAACGUUCGAACGGUUCAACUAAAUUGAUCAAAUCAACCAGUUUUACUCUGGAGAAUCAGAAUUCUUCGUCGCCUCAAAGUACAGACCGUAACAUUUCACCUAUCAUCCUCGAACCAACACCAACUCAAUCGCCAAUCGAUAUUACAUUCCAGCAACGAAGUUAUUCAUCAUCACAAUCACAGCAACAAUCAUCGUUUAAACCGAUAUCUCCUUUGUCGACUGGACUCAUUCCCAAGGAAGGACCAAUUAAAAAUAACAAUGCAUCAACGACCAACAAUCCAAGCUCAUCUUCAAACACUGAUAAGUUUUCAACGAAACAAUCAAAUACUGGCAGUUCUUCAAAUAUGCCUCCUACGACCAUGAUUCAGAAACCAUUUAAACCAAGUGCUAAAAUAGUACCAACCAUACCGCUGACAUCAAACUUGAAUCAAUUCUCACAACAAUCACUGGUACAAGUCAAACAGCAGUAUAGGAAUGUACCAUUGCAAUUGGCCAACCCAAUUCCGACUACCUCUAGUGGCACAACUCCCAUACAGAUCCAACAGACUGGAGCAAUGCAACACCAUCCAAAGUCGAGUCUGCCUGUCAAUACUUUACCAACACCAUCAUCUAUUUCACAUACAAGUCAUAUGGCUCAGUAUCACUUGAGGAACAAGUAUCAUACUAUUCCCUAUUCACCAACCUCGUCCUCGCCGGUCGACCCAUCAGAGUACUCACGUGCUGCCGCCGGCAGUGGUGUCGGUGGUGUUCCAACACUUCAGAAAUCAAAUUCAUCGUCGACUCUACCGUCUAUCACUCCUUCCAGUCUGACAAAUAUUCCCAAUCUAUUUGACGAUCACCCAACCUCACACGAUUCCUUUAGAAAUCGAUCGCUCAACUACGAUACAACCAAUGUACUUUCACUGGUCGGAGGCAUAUCGCCGCCACAUUCACCAUCGCCUCCACCUCUGACAGAGAAUACAAUCGAUCCAUCGAUACUUGACCCAUCCGUAGUAUUCUAUCAUCUUCACCAAUUCUCUGGCGAUCUGACAACCGAGAUUAAACCUGGUCAUUCAUUUGAUCGUGCUCUCAGUGUUUUGGAUCACACUUUUUGUUCAGAGACUUACAAGAUUGGAAUCAUCUAUAUUGGUGCUGGACAGAAAACCGAAGAAGAAUUCCUCUCCAAUACCAAAGGAUCACCAAGAUAUCACCAGUUUCUGUCUGGUAUUGGUGAGAAAGUCCGUAUUGCUGAUCGUGUCGAUGUGUAUCCUGGUGGACUCGAUCGCAACGGUAAAUCCGACGGAGAGUUUACAAUUCACUGGCGUGACAGAAUCUCUCAAAUCGUUUUCCAUGUAACUACAAUGAUGCCAAACAUUGAGAAUGACAAAACCUUUACCAACAAGAAACGUCAUAUAGGAAAUGACUAUGUAAAUAUUAUCUUUUCAGAUUCGCCAACGGAAUUCAAUCAACAAUGUAUCUCUGGACAAUUCAACUUUGUCAAUAUCAUAAUAUAUCCAUUGGAUAUUGGUUGGUAUAGAGUUGAGAUUAAGAAAAAGAAAGAAAUACCAAUCUUUGGUCCAAUACAUAACUAUCAAAUGGUUUCUGAACAAUCAUUACCAUUCUUGGUUGUUCAAACUGCAAUUUAUGCAAAUUUAAUAUCAAUGCAAUUCGAUGGAAAAUUUGAGUUUAUUUCCAACUUGGAGGAAAGAUUAAAACAAAUCAAAACGAUCAAGGAUAGAUUUGCUAAAGAAGAUGAUGGAUGGAUUGAUCUUUUGGAACUAAAACUGAAAAAAGAAACUAGAAAGUUUAACUAUUUAGUUGCUUAG